AGGAAUCCAGAUUAUUUUAUUUUAGAAAUCAGACAGCGAUGUGCGCUAGACCACACACACGAACUAUUCUUUUCUUCUUCGUCGGUUUGUUUCAGGCAGGAUGCUUCCCAAGAUGCACUGCUGCCCACAGAUGCACCGUGGACUGGCGCUUCCUAUUGGUGCGGACGGGCGCCAUCUUAGAUGGUUCUUCAUUCGCCUCCAGUGAAUUCAUUUCUACUGAAGAAGGUUGCAGGUUCGAUCCCAGCUCCGGACAGAGAAUUCUGCUGUUGUGUCCUUGGGCAAGACACUUAACCCACCUUGCCUGCUGAUGGUGGUCGGAAGGACCGGUGGCGCCUGUGCUCGGCAGCCUCACCUCUGUCAGUGCGCCCCAGGGCAGCUGUAGCUACAUCGUAGCUCAUCACCAUCAGUGUGUGAGUGGAUGAAUGGUACACUAGUGUAAAGCGCUUUGGAGUACUUACUCUGAGAGGCCGCUAUACAAGUGCGGGUCAUUUAUCAUUUAUUUAAAGUGACAAUGUGUAGUUCUCCAUUAAUCUCUGGAAAUAUCCAUCAAAUGUUGUUGUAAACUAAUUAAAAGAUGCCCAGUUGUUGAAAAAUACAGGAAAUUUCAUAACAUAUAACUGUAAAAAUCUGUUCUGAAAUACAUAGGAGCAGGUCUAAGGGUGGUUCUCAAUGCCAAGGAACUUUGCCUUGAUGUCUUGGCCCCACCCUUGCCUAGGAGAUACGUCACCAGGAACCGCCAAGGCUUGUUCCAAUGUUCUACAGAGAUGGAACAUCCAACUUUUAUAAAGGCCAACAAUGGGACCCUGAUCCUCAGGGCCUCAGAUGAGGCAAAGGCUGUGGGACCCCAGAGGCAGGGGUACAGGGCCAAGCAGCCAGAGGAGGUGGAGGUGGAGGCAAGGGCCCACGUCGCCAGCGAGGGUAGCGAUGUCAACAACGCCACCGUCGUGCUAAGCCGGUGGAAGGUCCAGUUUGGGACCUACCAGGGCAAGACUUUCCACUGGCUCCUGCAGAACGACGUGAGCUACGCCGUGAUGGUGGUGGCUUCUCACCAGAAGGAGCGAGAGGGGACAGGCUCUCAGUCCCCUCUGAUGGCCAACAAGGUUUGUCAACUAUCUAAGAAGGACGGCGCCAGCUCCAGGCUCGCAGAUGGAGAACGCCGUCCGCUACGUGAGGAAGAGGGACAGAGGGUGCUACCACUGCUGCUGCCGCCACCACCUCUACCCCAGUGGCUGCAUCCUCCUCCAGCUGCAGCAGAGUGUCUGUCUGUCCUUCCUACCAGGGGCCGAAGGCUGCAUCUCAAUUUGCAGCCUUUGUGUCUGGGCGGCGUUCUCUGUCUGCGGUGGAAAUGCAGGCAAAACUGAAAAAGAUGGUGGCCCCUAAGCCUGCAUUUCCACCCUCCUCAAGACCAGCUCGUCCACCCACAGCAUCUGGGGAGCCCAGUGAUUAAGAGCUGGUCCAGGCGGUAGUUGACCAAGGGCAACCUUCUGGAGUACAGGCACCUCUCCCGCUCCCUCCUCCUCCUCCUUCUCCGCCGCCUCCUGUGGCUGCAAAAAAACCAUCUGCGGGACGGGAGGAACCGACAGAUGAGGAACUCCUGGAGGCCACGCAGGAAUCUCCAGCGCUCCCUGCUGCAGUCCUCCCUCCCCCACCUCCUGCUGCCAGCUCUAAGGUUCAGCCAUAGACAGAAAGGGUGGGAGAAAGGUGUGCUGGAGCAGGGAACUGGUUCUGUUUCUGCUCCAACUUUCUCCCACCGGCCCAUCCCUUCUGCGAAAGGGCUGUCCUCCGAACAGGUGGGAAGAGGACAGCCCAUUAAAUACAACCUCCCUGAGGAGCAACAGCCAGGUCCUUCCUCCAGGGGACUGCCGCCGCCACCAUUACCUCCACCAGCUGCAACCUCCCUCCUCCUUCUGCUCAGAGCCUGCACGUCAUUCAUCUAUUCCUGGGAUCCACUCCGCUGACUCCUCCUGUUCUGACUGUACCAAGGACAACAGCAUUUAGGAGGAGGAAGGCAGCGGAGGCAGCUGCUGCUGCUGGCGUGCAGGCUCCACCAUCGAAGACAGCCCGCCAGCAGUUCACCUGCAGCAAAUGCGGUCAGCCCAAGCGGCUGGACACUAGCCACACCUGCAUUGCAGGUGUGUCCUACUGUUCAUCUGUUGGCAGAAAGUCUGUAGAGGAGUGGAAGAAGGAGAUGACGAGCAAGACUGGAGGAGGGCCAGAAAAACACUGACUUUUUUGGGACAAUACCUCAUUUUUUAAUUUUGGGACUUUUACUUUUAUAAAUAUAUAAGUAAAAAAAAAAUUUGGCUGAACAUGUAAAUAAUCUUUAGAUUUUCUAUUUUUUAUUGUGAUUUUCAAUAUUAAAAUGAUAAACACUUUAAAUGUUAGACUAUUUUUACGACCUUGGACACAGAUACAUGUAUUACGUUUUUUAUAACAUGAAUAUAUUUCAACACAGAUUUUUUUCAUAUAUGUUCUAUAAUUUUACGUGUGUAUUAUCACAAAUAUAUUUCACAGCUCAGUGGUUCUUCAUCACAAUUUUAACUACAUUUAAAUUGGUAAUUAUUUAAAAAGAUUUACAUAAUUAGUCUUAAUAGUUUGUAGUAUAUAUGAAUAAGUAUUAUUAUGCAUAUUAUCGCUUUCUUUGUUUCCACUUUUGUAUUCGCACCGAGCGGGAGUCGAACCUACGCACUUGGGACUCCCGAAAUAAACAUUUUUUUUUAAAAAAGAAGAAAAAAGUACGAGAAACCUUAAGAACAAGCGCCAUCCUCCUCCUUAGAGGCCACAACAAGCUCUGAGUCAGUGGAUUUCUUAGACACAACCACAUUUAAAGGGAAGGAUUUCAGCUCCUCCCACACACUGGACGUUAAAGUCUUCUUUAAACCCACUGAUACUCAUGCUUUGCUCCACAAAACGAGCUUCCAUCCGAAGCACACAUUUGCUGGGAUAUUUAAGUCACAAUUGCUGAGGUUUCACAGAAUCUGCACACAACAGAGUGAUUUCCAGGAGGCAAAGAAAAUCCUAUUUUCCACUUUAUCCACUAGAGGGCACUGUCGCACCUUUUUAAGAAAGGUGCACAGAACCUUUUUGGAAGAUAAACCAAUCAAGGUUACAUCACUAUUACCC